AUGACGACAGCAAAUUUGUUCGAUCUAGAUGCUGAGCUCGGCAGCGAAGAAGACGAGGAGUUCGAGGGUGAUGAGGAGGCACCACGUCCCAGAAAGCAAAAGGCAAACAUCGACGAUUCCAGCGAGGAGGAAGAGGACGAUGAUGAGGAAGCCGAAAGAGAGAUUCGUGAAGGCUUUAUCGUAGACGAAGAUGAAGAAGAUGACGAAGAGCGCCGUGAGCGCCGUCGCGAGAGAAAGAAGCGCAGAAGAGAGGAGCGCGAGGCCGAGGAUGCUCUGCUAGACGAGGAAGAUCUGGACUUGAUUGGCGAGACACAUCCCGACUACCAACGUCGUCAGGAGGAACAGAGCAAAUUCAAGCGCCUGAAGCGUGGCCAUCGCGAAGACCGGGAUCGAAAUGAAGCGCGCGGCAUCGACGACAUCUUUAGUGACGAUGAGGAGAUGGCCGACCCCGAUGGUAGAGCCUACGGACGCGAGCCCAGAGCCUAUGCCGACGAAUUUGCCGACUUUAUCGAAGAGGACGAAUUCCCCGAUGAGGAGCGCGAGGCCAUGCGCGAUGCCGCCGAAGUUCGACGACCUGGUAGAGGCUACGUUGACCCCCUCCGCAUGCAGAGUGGUCUGGACGAGUCGGCUCAAGAAGACAUGAUGGCCGCCUUCGGUGACGGCACAGAAUAUGACUGGGCUCUGCAACUACAAGAGGAGGGCGAUGAGAAUCAAGAAGGUCUGGACAAACCGCUCGAACUCAAGGACGUUUUCGAGCCUUCGCAAUUGGCUGACAGGAUGUUGACUGAGGGUGAUAACAUCAUCCGCAAUACCGACGUUCCCGAACGCUACCAGCUCGCUCGCCAGCCUUUCAGGGAAAUGGAACUGUCAGACGAGGAGAUGUCUGCUCGCAUGAUGGAAGAAACACACUGGAUUUCCAACUUCCUCUUACCGAAGAAGCGUCUGGAUCGUGACCUCAUUGAGCCUUUCCGUGAAGUCGUUGGACACGUCUUGCGAUUCAUGAAUGUCGAAGAGCUCGAGAUUCCCUUCAUUCUCCACAACCGCAAGGACUACCUUAUCCACGAGGAGCGUGUUGCUGUGUCGCCCAACCCGAACGACCCGGAUGCUCCUGAGCACGAAAUCAAGGCUUCAAGAUUGUUGCAAAACAGCGACCUGUGGGAAAUCUAUGAACUUGAUCUCAAAUAUCGUGCCUUCGUCGAGAAGCGCGAAGCUUUGUCAAGAUCCAUCGAGAGCAUUCGCGAGGCCAUGACCGACUCAAACGACGAAAUCUUCAACGACAUGAUCCCAGUCGCCGUCACCAUGGAGGAGUUGCAAGAUGUUCAGGAUUACCUACACUUCCAAUACGCCGCUCAACUCAAGGACACGACUGUCUAUGACGCAGAGACCAACGGAACACAGAAAAGAGCAAGGGGAACUCGUAACAUCUGGGACAAGGUUCGCGCUGGACAGGCAUAUCACAUGGUCAGAGCAUUCGGCAUUUCUGCAGAUGCUUUGGCGCAAAACGCACUCAAGGUUGGCACAAGGCAAUACACCGAGGAUCCUACUGAGAGACCAGAUGACAUGGCCGACAAGCUCGUUGACGGAUCAGAGUACUCCAACAGCCAACAGCUUCUUGCAGCUGCAAAGGCCAUGUUCGCCGAGGAACUCGCCCAAAGCCCUCGUAUGCGCAAGCUUCUGCGUCAAAACUUCUACAUGGAUGGUGUCUUCGAUUGUUUCCGCACCGAGAAGGGUCUGAGAAGAAUUGAUGAGGAGCACCCAUACUACGAGUUCAAGUAUCUGCGUGGAAAGGAUCUGAGAUCAAUUGUCGCCAAGCCUGAACUCUUCUUGCGCAUGCUCAAGGCCGAAGAUGAAGGUCUUGUCGAGGUUCGCGUUCGCAUGGAAGUCUGGGACAGGUUCAAGGACAGCCUCUACAAGAACAUCAUGUCCGACAACUUUAGUGAGCUCGCUGAUGCCUGGAACGCUUUGCGCAGGGAAGUCUUGGACAUGGCUCUUGAGAAGCUCACCCGCACAAUCGUCAAGGGUGUCAAGGAGAACCUCAAGACCGAGUGUGAGGCUCAAAUCGCUCGCGCGUGCAGAGAAGAAUAUGCCAACAAGCUUGAUCAGGCUCCUUACAAGCCUCGCGGUAUGGUCCUUGGUACUACUCCCAGAGUGCUCGCUCUCUCAAACGGUGCUGGCAAACGCAACGAUGCUAUCUGUUGGGCUUAUGUCGACGAGAACGGCCGUGUGCUUGAGAAUGGCAAGUUUGUUGACAUUCGCAUGGGCAACAAAGAAAAGUUCUUGCCUGACGGAGCUGAUGUGGGACAAUUUGUCGACCUCGUCGAACGCCGCAAGCCUGAUGUUGUUGCUGUUUCUGGUUUCUCUGUAGAGACUCGCAGACUCUACAAGGAUCUCCAGGAGAUUAUUGAGAGCCACGACCUGCGCGGUACACCGUACGAAGAAGAGGAUGGCUCGGAACAGAGCGACAAGCUUGAUAUUGUCAUUACUAACGACGAAGUUGCUCGCCUCUACUACACCAGCGAUCGUGCCACCGCCGAGCACCCUACCGUGCCUCCGCUCACGAGGUACUGUAUCGCUCUCGCUAGAUACAUGCAAAGUCCUCUCAAGGAAUACGCUGCUCUGGGUCGCGACAUCACAUCCAUCUCCUUCACCUCAAACCAAACGCUCAUCCCUCAGGAAAAGGUACUGAAACACUUGGAAAUGGCCAUGAUCGAGACAGUCAAUUUGGUCGGUGUCGACGUUAACGAAGCCGUCUCCGAUACAUACACUGCCAAUCUUCUACAGUACGUCGCCGGUCUGGGUCCCCGUAAAGCAGCACAUCUUCUCAAGGUUGUCAACUCCAACGGAGGCGAUCUCAACACACGAUACGAACUUAUCGGAGUGUCUGAUCGUAACAGGCGAGCAGCUGUUGGAGCAAAGAUUUUCGAGAACUGCGCCAGCUUCCUCUACAUCAACUAUGACGAUACUGAACCGGACUCUGAUUAUCUCGACAACACUCGUGUCCAUCCAGAGGACUAUGAAACGGCGAGAAAGAUUGUGGCUGACACUCUGGACAUGGACGAGGAAGAUGUUAAGGCCGAGAUCGACGAGGCUGGCCCCAAUGCUGUUGUUCGUAAGCUUAUCAAGGAUGACGCCCAGGACAAACUCAACGAUCUUGUACUUGACGACUAUGCCGAGGAAAUUUUGCGCAAGAUUGGUCUCAAGAAGAAGGCUACCUUGGAGCUUAUUCGCGGUGAAUUGCAACAGCCAUACGAAGAACUUCGUCGCAGCUUCUACCUGUUGUCGACAGAGGAGGUCUUCACCAUGCUCACUGGAGAGACCAAGGAAUCGCUGGCAGCUGGCAUGAUUGUGCCCGUGUCGAUCAAGCGCACCUUCCCUGACCACAUCGAUGUCAAGCUGGAUUGUGGUAUCGACGGUUCAGUCAACGAGCAGGACUUCCCCGCUGGUGUCGGCAACGGUGGUGCAGAGCCCCGACAUGUCUGGCAGACCCACCAGACCGUUCAGGCCAAAUUACUCGAGAUUGAGCCCAAGCGUUUCACAGCACGUCUCUCGCUUAGAGAAGAAGACUUGCGUGAGCCCUUCCGUCGCGAGUUCGACCAUGAGCCUGGACAAUGGGAUGAGCAACAGGAAGCACAGGACAAGAAGGAGGCUUUGCACGAAAAGGACGCCAAGACUGGCAGAGCUCAGCGUGUCAUCAAGCACCCUCUUUUCCGACCAUUCAACUCAGCUCAAGCAGAAGAGUACCUGGGAUCACAAGCACAGGGUGAUGUUGUCAUCCGGCCAUCAUCAAAAGGACUCGAUCACUUGGCUGUCACAUGGAAGGUUUCCGAGAACGUCUUCCAACACAUCGACGUGCUGGAGCUCGACAAGGAGAACGAGUUCUCGGUGGGUAGAACUCUCAAAGUCGGCGGCAAAUUCACAUACUCCGAUCUGGACGAGUUGAUCGUCCUGCACGUCAAGGCAAUGGCAAAGAAGGUCGACGAGAUCAUGACGGACGAACGCUUCCAGAAGGGCUCAAGAGAAGCGACGAACGAAUGGCUUAAUGCUUAUACUGAAGCCAAUCCCAUCCGCAGCAUGUAUGCCUUCUGCAUCAACCCGAAGUACCCUGGCUACUUCGAUCUCUGCUUCAAAGCCGGCGCCUCAGCAAAGGUUGCAGCCUGGCCCGUCAAAGUCAUCCCUAAUGCCUUUGAGCUCCAACGCCAUCCUUACCCCGAUAUGCGUGCGCUGAAGAACGGUUUCAAGCUCUUGUUCUCAAAGGCCUCUGGCGUGGCCAAGCGAUAG